UCCACCGCUUGCAUUUAUGGCUGUUAUGAACCAGGUUAAAUAGUUUUGCGAUUUGUAACCGAGUACCAAUUCAAUAUUAAGCGCAAGGUUAUGAACUAGACGAAAUAAAUUUGCGAUUUCUAACCCAAUAUUAAGUACAGAGAUGGUAUGAACUAGACGAAAUAAAUUUGUGAUUUCUAACCGAGUAUCAACCCAAUAUAAGUACAGAGGAAGUGGCCCUCGUUAAGUAGCAGGUAAAAGCAUCUGCGUCAACAACACAAAGCUGCUCUACACGACGGACUCAGGUCUUGCGUUGCAGUCCCAUUUGAGCCAUGAAGAUCGCUCUCGCAGCUGUGCUGCCACUGCUACUGCUCCUCAUCUUCUCACCGGCCUCCAUGUCGUCCUCGGCCUUGGCUCCAUCCGGCCCCGACGGGCACGGCCCGGGCGUCUACAUUGUCUUCGUCAGCCGCGCCGACUACGUUGAUUCCGUGGACUACGACCUCCGCCUGCUCGCUUCCGUCGCCGGCAGCAAGGCAGAGGCGAAGGCUGCGCUGCUCUACCACUACAGCAGCAUCGGCUUCGCGGCGCGGCUAGCACCGGAGCACGCCCAUCAACUGUCAAGUGAAGAAGGACGGCGUCGCGGUCAUCAAGGACAAGACGGUCCGUAUCCAGGAAGACGGUGGCUUGCCUGGCUUCUUCAAAGAGAAUAAUGUCUGAAAGAUCAAAAUGUACCUCUUCUGCACGAUGCUGCUUAGACACGUUUGGACUUUGGAGCACACAAACUGCGGCGAUCUUAUAUGAGAACAUACUCAUUCCCUUCUCACGAUCUGAAACAUGUCCACUGAAGUUUGGAGUACACUUUUAUAUGUACAACAUUAUUUACAA